CAAGGGCUUGAAAAUUAGAACUUAUAAAAAAAACUCAAGGAAAAGCACUUAACUGCCAUCAGACCACAGCUUUUAAGCAGCCCUUCCUUUGGUAGUAUACUGCAGGUUACAUAUAGGCUUGAAUCUGAUCUGAAUCAAUUCAGGUGUAAUAACCUCUUCGGUCUUUUUAUUCACACCGGCUCAGGCGAAAUCACAGUUCACUUUAUAUUCAAGCCACCCCCUCUUGUUUCAUUAAGCACAUUCUACCUUUGAAAGUAAUCCCCCAAUCCAAUAUCAUAUUUCAGGUGCAACAGUCCAGCCUAAAUUCGGACGGAUGUUCAACUAACUGCCAUAUCUUGAAGCCCAAAUUACAUCAGAAUUACGUAAAUUACAUCACAAUUUAUUAACAAUUGCGUAACAACAGUGACAAUCUGUUAUUUUGGAGCAUAACAAACUUAAUUUUCGGUUUGUUGGCCCUUCGGCGUUUUGGCCAGCCUACCACCUAUAUUCAAUAUCUGUCACUGGGCGUUACUCUCUAAUUCAAUUUUGUCGGAUUAGAACGAACUAUACCAGAUUUACAAAAAAAAGACACAUUUAUACGAAUUCUGCAAUUUUGGUAGUUAAGAAAUUUGAAGAAUUUUAAAAAAAGUUUAUCUACUAUGAAACGGCUAGCUCUUACUUACAGCUCUUUUCUUUAAUGAUUUUUGCCAGCUGCGCUUUAAAGCGACAGCAAAAGUCCACGGCUUCAUCGCGAAAUAAAAGCGCUCAUAAGUUAGCAUUAGUUGUAAUCUAAUUUGCGAAAUACUAAUAUUAGUACUAUUAUCAAAUAUUAGUAUUUUCAGUUCAUUUGUCCUGAAUUAUUCACUUUAGAAAUCUUUUUCUGCCAAUUUUUCAUACGGCCAAGCCAAAACUAUGAUCUCCACCUUCCAGAAAAAGAGAGUCAGAAUCAUUUCCAAUAACAUACCGAACUGAAAGGAGUCUCCCUCAACUCCAAGGAAAACAAAGACAGAAGUGUCUGGAAGUGGGAUUUCCAAACACCUCCAAUGACCCAAGAGAGCUAUAGAAAUGAAGCCAUGUUUAUCAUUCACCCUUCAUGAAGCCACAAAUCACUUACAACUAGAUUAAACUCGACUUAACUUUUUUCUCAUUUUGAACAAUAAAAGUCAAAUUUCUUAUGCCAAUAUAGUGCAAUCGUGAACCAGCUACAUACCAGAUAUGAAUACCUAAUGUUUGGACCAUUGAUUAUGUUAGAUUUCUGUCUUUUUCACAACUUGUAGUUGUCAAUCUCUUCCAUACAAGUCUUUAGAUUAAGAAAUCGAACAGGCAAAGACGUAAAGCAUUAGAAACUAAACAAGAUUAACUUGUAGCAAAUUUCCAACAUUUGGGAAAUAAUUCGCUUUUUCGGCGAAGUUUCCUCGAUAUUUCCUUGGUGGCUUAAGUUUCUUAUUACCAGCAUUUUUGUUAUUAGGGAACAUUUGUUAUCUCAUAAAACGUAUCUUAUCCCCUGAAACGGAACAAAUGUUUAACUUCAACUCCUAUUCCAUUCACGCCAACUUAAGUUCCUCGCAUAACGAGUUUAUCUAGAUUCAGCUUCAUUGCGUUUCCAAUAACAAGUAAGUUAAUAUUAAUUCCAAAGAAUUAAACAUCAAAAAAAUGUCAAAUUAAGUACACUUAAAAGCAUUACAAGCUGAUGACUAUAAGCUUUAAAAAAAGUCCAGGUCAUAAUUGUAAAAAAAAGCUGUCUAAUGCAAACAAAACCUGAAUUGAAAGCAUUUCCAUUGAGAGAAAACCCACCUACUUGGCACAGAUAAUCGCCGAUAACGAACUCUUGCUGGAGAUAGUUUUUUCACUCGAGCAUACUUCACUACGUAGAAAUUUAACCGCCCCCGGCUCCUAAUUGAUUCAAGAAAAUUUCAGAAAAACGCUGACUGAUACAUAACAUAGCGGAUCAGUUGAAAUUAUCAUCGGAGUUGAAUUGCAUAUUUCACAUCAUUAUUUUGUAUUGUUCGGGGUUUUUUUUUACCCUAGGGGAGAAAUUGUUGUAACUUUCACGCGACAUUUGAUUAAGAAAGAGUCCAUAUUCCAUUAUUAUAUUUCGCCAAAAAAUUAUUCGAAUGAAUUAGGAGAGUUACUCAAGAGAGGCUAGGAGGUUCUUUAACUUUUAUCCAGCUAUCUUUUUACAAUCGAUAUGUUGCUUUGUUCAUAAGUCGUAGUGGCCUAUUGAUCUGUCUGGAGAUUUGUGAAGCGAUAUUCAGAGAGCUUCGGAAUUACGAAUUCCAGCUGACAGCAGUGCAAUUGACUUUUUGAGUUAUUUUCACCUGUUGCCAGUUUUCCGGACCAGAAACUCAAUCACCAGCCAUUCAAUUAGAAGUUAAUUAUCUUUGACAAUCAAAAUCAACUGCUGUCACACCAUCAAAGGCUACAACGUCAUCAAUCAUGUCAAAUGUUGCCGCGCUUGUUAUUAUUGCUCUUGCCACGUUGCUGCCACUAUUAAACAUGGUUGCCGGCAUGGACCGAGUGGAGUUCAGAAACGAGAACGAUCAGCGGGGAUCUAUUGUGGAGAUGCAAAGAAGAGACGACAACUACCUCAGAGCCACUAAGUCUCUGCCCAAAACUGCCACUCUGCCCAUGAAUGUAUCCGUCACUAUGAGUCUGGAAACAAUCAGUGAGAUCCGAACAACCCAUGCGGUUAUUGACCUCUACAUGUCCGAAAUGUGGAAUGCCGGUGAGACCAUCUCAGGACACCCUCCUCAAAAGCAAAACAACACAAGCUCCCCCUCCCGCCACCCCAAAAAGGUCAAGUUGAGUGGUGAGGGGAGUGAUACAUACACGUGGACUACAGACACUUAUUUCUUGUUGGCCAAGCAUGUCAAGUAUUACACUGAGUCGCAGUAUUUGGUCAUCAAAUCAGACGGAAACAUACAUAGAGAUCGGAAGAUCCGCAUUGAGGCCCCCUGUACACUGACAGUGCUCAACUUCCCCUUCGACAACAGCCAGUGUCGCAUCCUGCUGAGUAGCUAUGGCUUCCACACUGAGGAGUUGAGACUGCAGUGGAGUGGGGAUGCCGUGCUAUUCCCCUACCAGUAUGACUCACUCAAGGAGUUGGGAUUUAUCAUGAAUGGAAUAGAAGUGCUCUCUUAUGAAGCCCAGUAUGGACCAGUGUCCUACGACAUCCUGGAGGCCCAGCUCAGUUUCACCCGACUCAGCUCAGUCUAUCUCUACCAGGUGUACAUCCCAGCUGCCUCUCUCGUAGUGAUGAGCUGGGUGCCCUUCUGGCUCACUGAGGAGAAGUGUGGCACUCCUGCCAGGGCCAGUAUUGGGGUCAUGACUGUGCUGUCUAUGCUCACUAUUUGCAGCAAUGUUAAGAACGUUGGAGGAGCGGUGUCGCGCAAUGUGAGUCUUCUGGACAUCUGGAUGUGGGUCAGUUUCGGACUGGUAGUGUUGGCAAUGUUGCAGUUCGCAAUGGCUGACUUCCACCGCACAGACGACCGCAUCACCUUCCUCGGCAUCGGCAGACGAGACACCGACGUUACCAAACGAAAGAUCGACAAAGUGGCCCGCUUUUUGUUCCCAGUCGUGUAUUUUGUGUUCAAUGCGGGAUACUGGAGCUAUGUGGAGUACAUCAAAGCGACGUCCAAAAAAACUUCCGUCACUGAGUCCGAAUCAACCGGCUGACCAUAGACUACUCUCUAAACUUAUUUCGAUAUUCUUUGAUAAAUGAUAUAGUCUAUAGAAAAUUAGUUU